AUGCCCCUGCUGGGACCGACGCCGCUGCUUCUUUCUCCUAUGCUGUUGCUGCUACUCUCUCUGCUGCCGCCUGAGGGUGCCCUGUCUUUGGUCCUGGAGCGCAAGCCUAGCCUUCGGGGAUUCCCAGAGGCACUCCCAGGUCUAGACGCCUCUACUGUCCAGGAGAUGUGGAAACGCUACGAGAACUGGAUGAACCAGCUGCGGAGGAACCAGAGCUGGCAAGACUGGAGCCCGGACUCUAGCACUGCUUCUGUUCGGAUCCUGACCCCUGAAGUGCGGCCCGGUCCCGGCAAUCAAGUGCACCUGCUCAUCCCCAGAGCUGUCCUCUCUGCGGGGCGCCCCCCUGCCCCCCGCUUGCAGCAGGCCCUGCUCCGGCUGACCCCAACCGGGCCGACCCUGUAUGACGUGACGCGGCCACUGCAACGCCUCCUCGCCCACGGGGGCCCUGCGCUGCCUGUGCUCCGCCUGCCAGUGUCGCCGCCGCCGUCGGACCCUAAGCUGGCGGCGCGGCUCUCGGCCCGGCUGGAGCUGCACCUGCGGCCAAGCGCCGCCAGAGGGCGACGCAGCACGCGUGUGCCCACGGCGGAGGCCUGCGCGGCCGGGGCGGCACACUGCUGUGGCGUGAAAAGCAGGCGCGUGACGGUCGAGGAACUGGGCUGGGCCGACUGGGUACUGGCGCCCAGGGAACUGGACGUCCGCGCAUGCGUCGGCGCGUGCCCAUCACGCUUCCGGCCGGCCAGCGCGCACGCGCGGAUCAAGGCGCGCCUGCACGACCUAGACCCCGUUUCCGCGCCUGCGCCGUGCUGCGUGCCCGCCAGCUUCGAAUCAGUGGUGCUUCUGCACCAAGAUAGCGACGGUGGCGUGACGAUCACGCCCUACGAUGACAUCCUAGUUAAGGACUGCCAUUGCGCUUGA